AUGCGCUUUGAGGGGCUGCCGCUGUUUAUUCUCGCCAACUGGCACGGGUUCUCUGGAGAGCAGAGGGAUCUGUUCGAAGGGGUGCUUCAAGCGAGGUCGCUUAUAGCGGAGCAUUUGCGGACAUAUGACCAGCCGGUGUUUGUGUACAUCCCGAGGAAGGGCGAGCUGCGGGGCGGCGCGUGGGUCGUUGUGGACCAUCGGAUCAACCCGCACAUGGUGGAGAUGUACGCUGAGGAUUCGGCGAGGGGAGUCGUGCUGGAGCCGGAAGGAGUGGUGAAGAUUAAGUUUAGGAGGAGGGAGCUGAUAGAUGCGAUGCACAAGCUAGACCCAGAGAUUCUAGACUUGGAUAAGGCGCUAAGGGCGGCCAAGCAGCUGCAGGCUCAGGGGAGCGACAACGGCUCAGUCACAGUGACCAAGGGGCUGAUUGCGCAGAGGGAGAAGGCGCUUCUGCCGGUGUACACUCAGAUUGCGGUGCGGUUUGCUGAGCUGCAUGAUACUCCGCGGCGAAUGGCGGCUAAGUGCACGAUUCGGGAUAUCGUCACUUGGGAGAACUCGAUGGCGUAUUUCUACUCGAGGUUGUGCCGGAAGGUUGCAGAGGACGGGCUUGCGAGGCAGUUCAUGCUGCAGGUGGAUGGGCUGGGGAAGAUUGACGCGAUUGCGGAGGUGAAGCGGUGGUAUUUGGACGAGCAGAGGGUGAACCGGGGGGAGAGCGAGGCGCUGCGGACGAGUGAGGCGAUAGAUGAGGAUGAUUGGGUGGAUGAUAAGCAGUUUGUGGCGUGGGUUCAGGGCACGAGGAGGAAUGCGGAGGGGUUCAGGAGGCGGGUGAUGAGUCUGAGAGGCAGGAGGCUGGCGGCGGUGCUAACGAGGGAGAGGGACGCCGGGAGCAUUGCGGAUGGGCUGGCACAGGCUGUGUCGAGCGUGCUGCAGGCGUCUGGCUCUCGUGCAGACUAG